AUGUCUUUCUUUUCUCAGUCCGCAAGAGGCGCGAGGGACGCUCCCCUGAAGCGCGAGUCCAGAGACCCCGAGUGGUGGAGCCAUGCACACUAUGUCCCUCAAACCGAUGAUCCCGAGCGACUGUUCAUUUUCGCCGAGCCAAGCCACAUGUCAAAGCAGGAGGAGGACGCAAUUCUCGCCCUAUGGAACAAGGAGACUUCAGCGCCUGGCGCCGAGGACGCCAAAGGCCUAGCCUUUGACCUUCGCCCAAGCGACACGGCGGACCAGAAAGCAGCAGCCCAGAUCAAUGAGCUCCGCCGCAUGGGCGAGCGGAUUACGCCUGAAGUUGAGGGCAUGAUUCGCGCCCACUAUGCCAAGAACUGUGGUCUUCUCGAGUCUUUGCGUCACUUUUGCCAGGAGCAGGAGCUUGUCCCGGUUCGAUAUCUGAACGAGCUCGUCCUCAUGAAUGAGCGUUUGAUUGUCGAGUGCGCCAAGCAGGGAGCUCGUGCUCACGAGCCCAUUGUCAAGAACCAACCGCCUGAUCUGCCCCCUCAGCGUAAUCAACUCGAGAUUGAGAAUCAAGCACUGAAGGAGCAGAAUGAGCUGCUCAGGCAGCGGGUUGAGGAGCUCCAGCGCAAAGAAAAUAGGCGUCAGCGGCCUUCGCGCCCUCCCAGAGACGGUCGCUUUUCCAAUUCUGUGCACCCUUCUCGGUCGAACACGUCUAGCUCCACGCACUCCAGCCGGAGGAGCCAUCAUAGCCGGACCGAAAGUCGAGGUGCCCCUCGAACUACAGGUGACGACGACAACAAUUGGGUACCACCGACGUUGGAGGAGAUGAUGCGUGAAGUGCCUGAGCCGCAGCCUGACAGUGAGAACCGAUUGUGCUUCUCCGACCUUGGCGACCAUUCGUGGAACCCACGUGUAGGAGGCAUAUGCAGUGCGACAAGGACGUCAGUAAGGAGAGCUUGCAUGUGUGUAUGGAAGGUAAUAGUAUUUGUUUCACGGCUGAUUGCCCAUGUGUCUGACAAGUGACUUUAAUCGACAUUGUAAAAUGAAGACAGCGUCAAGCAGUGUAGCCCCUGGAUCCAACAAUUGUGGCUGUCAUAC